AUGUCGACUCCGGGGACCAGAUUUUUUAUCCGCGGCAACUUUGAUUUGAGGCAAAGUUUACGUGAAUCAUGGGUUGGCUAUGCAAGACGACAUUCAUCUCUAAAUAAAAGAGUGUUGGUGAAGUUCAUCGUUUCAAAUAAUGCAUGUUACGUUCCUCCAGAGUUCAGGAUUGAUCCUUACAAAUGCGAAAGAAAGAAAAUCGAAUCUCCAAACUACGAAAAUGAAGUAAUUGCUUACAAACGACCAAAUGAAGAAAAUUUGAGAUAUUUUCACAGUGGAUCUAUCGGAUGGGACUUUGAUAUCAUCCGUCCCAUUAUUUUGACUCGUCUUGGCAUCUCUUUAUCAUCGUUGAAUUCAAAAAGAAACUCUUCUGUUCGACUCUACGACAGAACAACUAAGAGCGAAAUUAUAUCUGUUUAUUUCUCUUUCCAAGACCCUGGUACAACAGAAAACGGUUCGUCGUUUAAAGCAAUUGAAAACUUUAUUUUGCCAAAGGACUUCAAGGGCAGCGUCGUGUCUGAAAACGUAAAAUGUUCAAGUUCUCGAUGCAGAAAAUGCGAGUAUUUUGCCAACAUUGAAAACGGAGAGGAUUAUUUCAAUGUACACAAGAUAAGACGGAUUAACAACGAGUUCGCCGUCUUUCCCGAAGUCGAGGAAUCAAUUCCUGAUGCUAGAUGCGUGGAUGGGGCUGGAACGUUCAUGUAUCGACUUUACAGGUGGUUUCUUGCAAUGAAGUGCAAAGUACACAUGCAUGUACGUAAUAAAUUGGAUGGCUGUCUCUAUGCGAUCAAAAGAAGUCAUAUGAAUCCGAAAAGUUAACUGUUUAACCGUAAAAUCACUCGAAAUGUAAAGUUACUUUCUAGAUUGAACCGUGAAAAUAAGCAAUCCAGUAUCAGACUCUCUUAAAUUAUUUGCUGAAAAUGAAAUGAUGCUUACCGUAUCAUGGCAAUGAUAGCGAGACGAAACUUGGCGUAAGUUAUUUCCUUUGGGAAAUUCAAACUACCGAAGACACUUGCCUUUGUACAUAUGCAACAUAAUAUUUGUACAUAGGUAAACUGAACAAGAAUAAAAAGAAAAACAUUCAAAAGAUAUAGUGCGAGAAAAUUAAAUAAUGGACAAACGUAGCUACUAAUGCUUCGGCAAAUUUUCAUUAAAAAGUACCUCGAAAAGCCGUUAUGAAAA